CUCUCUUGCUCUCUUUCAGCUCUCCGGCUCCUGCUGCAGAAACAGGAAGUUGUGAAAAAAAAAUAGCAGCAGAGCACUGAGCAAAACAAGGAAGUGGAGGGAGGCGAGCUGAGCUGAGCUGGGAAGGGAAAGAGAAAGCAGAUCAGGCCAGAGCCAUGCUAAGGAAGAGCUAGCUGCUGUAGUGUUAGCCUGCUCUGUCCCAAUAACCCUUCAGAGAGAGAGAGACAGAGAGAACUGCAGCUGUGUUUCAGACACACAGAGGAUUAGAGCUCACGGACACCCAGCAAGAGGGGAGAAAACACUACUCCCCUGGGAUCCUCUCUCUCUCUGUUUCCCUGCACCAUGAACCCUCCAGGAGCAUGCUGGGAUAGCUGCGAUGAGGACGACCUGCCUCAGAUGGAUGGCACGUGUGAUGCGUGCGAGCCGGACGAGCCACAGCCGGCCACGCAGAUGUGUGCCCUAUGCCGCUUCGCCUUCUGUCCAGUCCAUGCAGAUAAACACACUCGCAGCACCAGACACCAGCUUCAGCCCUACUGCCCCACAGAACAGCCUCUGCAACUGGCCCAGAGAGUGGACGGCCAUGGCCAGGCUGAGGUGGCCGAUAACGGGCUAGAGGGGGCAGAGGCUGCUGGGGGCGGAGGCCGGGAUCCAGAGGAAGAGGAGCAGCAGUGUGGAUCGGAGGCAGGAAAGAGGGACACAGUGACCGUAGAGAGACUGAGGUGUAAGGAGCAUGGCCAGGAGGGGUCACUCUACUGUAAACAGGAUGAGAAGAUUGUGUGUGUGGUGUGUGCUGUGCAAGGAGAGCAUCGAGAACAUGAAAUCAUCACACUCAGAGAGGCCUACAUGUGGCAGAAGAGUAAAGAGGGAAUAGACCUGCUAGCAUGUACUCAAGAAAUGUCAGAGAAGAUCAAGACCAAGUGGACAAGUCCAGAUAUGAGUCCAGAUGAGCUGGAGCGCUAUGUGAACCAGCAGUUUGACGAGCUGCACAGGCUGGUUCGGCUGGAGGAGUGGCGUGUGCUGCACCUGGUGGACCUGAAGGAAGCCUUCCUGACGGCACAGGCGGCUGAGAAGAUUGCAGAGAUCAGCGUCCACACUGAGCGUCUGCAGGAGGAAAUGGACUCCAUCACCCAGCAGCUGGGCGAGCUGGACCAGGCUGAGCGCAACGGGGUUGCCCCAGCCGCAUUGGCUCCUCUACUGGCAGCUCAGCCCCAGCCACCGCGUGCACCCCCCGAGCCCAGACCACAGAUGGACCCUGAGGCCAGGCCAAGACCUGAUCACCGCCGAGGCCCUGAGGACCCUCGAGACUAUGGAGAUGAAGGGGACUCGUUUAUGGGACAUGCCCCAUAACAAC